GUUGUCUUUCAGGUCUUGUUGUUGGAGAAGACUAAAAAUAGGUAUAGAACCUUUUUUACCUGUAGCGCUACCCAAAGGACAAAUGAGUCUUGUAUUUUGGGUGAGGAUUGUUGGAGAUAGUCUAACUGCUCCACCACCAUCGUAUCGGUUUUCCACCAAAUUGGUCGCGGGCGCUGAUGACUCGCGAGUUUAUACACAAGUGCCUCCGGGUGGACCCUGACGACCGGCCGUCUGCGGACGAACUGCUGGGGCAUCUGUUCGUGGCGCUGCCGGACCCGGAACAGCAUGUUCCCUGAUCGAAGCUGUCACGUUCAGACUGACUGAAUGAUCAGUGCAGGAAUUCCGGUUCUCACGACGGUUCCAUUCUGAAAGUUCAGAGCAGUCGUAGCACCGUCAGGUGAAGAGGCCUCUGGAUUCAGAUGCUGCUUGUUGUUUAGCCGCACGUGUACUUUGUACAUGUUGUCCUUUAUAUACGUAGGCAGCUGGUGUAUACGGACGGGCACACGUGACUGGGCAUCCAUCAUUGACUAUUUUUGUUGCGUUUGACGGUACACCGUACACAUCCAUGUUUGACCAUGACUUGGUGGAACGAUCAAGGACGCUACCGUUCUGACCUCCAUCCCCGAUCCGUAGCCGUCGACGACCAGUUGCUUCGCCGAUGUGCACCGCAGCCCCGAGAUGGAGGCUAACCGGCUAGUCCAGCGGCUCCAGUCCAAACGACCAGGCGCGCUGGCUGCGCUGCCCACAUCCCUCAGUCCUGACGCGUAGGCCAUGUCAACGUGUGAUGUGACGGCGACCCCCUGCCUGCCUGCCCCGCCCGGUCGUCCGCUUGCCUUCCCCGUUCCGCCGCUCGCGACGCGAUACGCCGUGACAAAAAUAACACGCGCGCAAGGCGCCGACCCGGUCGCUUUCGGCUCUCCCUAUUCCCCAACGCAGCGACCACAGCCGCGCCGGGUCAAGAGCGCGCGCGCACGGCAAACGGCAUCCGCGCCUCCCAGGUCGCGGAGGAGCACUGCGUUGGGAAAGCUUCUGAAGCAGAGGCAGCAACCCCCCCUCCCUGGCUCCCUCCCUCAUCGUCAAACCCCACUCGCAACCGGCAACCGCGGACGCGUUCCGCCUCGCGCCUGUGCUGCUUCCCUCCUUGCCCUGCUCCCCACGCAAGGGCCACCGCGCGCCGGAGACCAUCCCAUGGCGGCGCCGCAGCGUCCGAGGCCGCAGCUCGCGCGCAUCAACGCGAUGAAGCACUCGUCGUACCCGGCCGAGGACGACGGCGCUGAGGACCUGGCGCCGGUCGACCUCGGCCCGGAGUUCGCGUCGCAGACCAGCUUCCGCAUCCGCCGCGGGGGCGCCGAGGUCGCCGACCUCUUCCGGAAGCUCGGCCUCAAGGGCCCCGAGGACUUCACCAUCCCGCCGGCCGUCUAUGCUGCCGCCAUGGCGCACAUCCCCAACUCUUCCCGCAGCCGCCGCCAGUCGCUUGAGGCGCCGCCGCCGCUGCCGGGUGCGGGCGCCGACGGGGUGGCACCAGCACCACAGGGACCGCCGGAUGUUUCUGGACGGGACGCCGUAGUCGCAGCGAGGCUGGAUGCAGCCGUCGAGGAUGAGCAAGCUGUGUUGGCCGCCAAAGUAGUCCAAUCGGAGGUUGCUGAAGUUUCUGCAGAAUCGUCCAAGGGGUCUGGAGUCGAAUCGAGCAGCAGAGAUGUCCAAUUGGAGACAGGGGAAUCUUCCAAGCGAGUGGUUGCCGCCGUGGUGAAGGAGAGGGCUGCAGACGGACUGAAGGGAAAGGGCGAUGUGGUCAAGGUGGAUCAGCUACGAGUGGAGAGAUCAAAAGCGGUGGUUGUCGAGGCGCCAAGAGAGACUACCGCUGCCGUGGUUCAAGCUGUAGCGGAGUCCCCUUCUCGCAGCACCGAGUAUUUGAUCUCACCGUCGCCAAACAGGCGGCUUAGGAGAACUAUCACGUCUUGGCUCAAGGGACAGCAUCUCGGCAGUGGAUCUUUUGGGUCAGUGUACGAGGCAAUCAGCGAUGAUGGCUUUUUCUUUGCUGUCAAGGAAGUAUCAUUAAUGGACCAAGGACUCAAUGCAAAACAACGCAUUCUGCAGCUUGAACAUGAGAUAUCUCUCUUGAGUCGUUUGGAGCAUGAAAAUAUAGUUCAGUAUUUUGGAACAGAUAAGGAAGGUGGGAAACUAUAUAUUUUUCUUGAACUUGUUACUCAAGGAUCUUUAGCAGCUUUAUAUCAAAAAUACCGUUUGCAAGAUUCACAAGUCUCAGCAUAUACAAGGCAGAUUCUGAAUGGUUUGCACUAUUUACAUCAGCGGAACGUUUUGCACAGAGAUGUAAAAUGUGCCAAUAUCCUAGUUGAUGCAAGCGGAUUGGUCAAAUUAGCAGAUUUUGGACUUGCAAAGGAGAUGUCAAUUUUGAGCCAAGCAAAAUCUAGCAAGGGAACUGUCUACUGGAUGGCCCCUGAGGUUGCUAAAGCUAAGCCACAUGGACCUCCAGCGGAUAUAUGGAGUCUUGGCUGCACAGUUUUGGAGAUGCUGACAGGAAAAGUGCCAUACCCUGAUAUGGAAUGGACACAUGCUUUGCUUAAAAUUGGUAGGGGAAUACCACCAGAAAUUCCUAAAACAUUAUCAGAAGAUGCGCGUGAUUUCAUAAAGAAGUGUGUUCAAGCAAAUCCAAAUGACAGGCCAUCUGCUGCUCAGCUAUUCGAGCACCCAUUUGUGCAGCGACCGCUGCAACAAUAUAGCACGUGAUGUUCUCCUUGGUUGCUAACACAUUUGAUUGUACAUAAGCUGAUUUAACUUACAUCCGAAAGCUGUUGCUGUAAUGAGGAUGACCCCUUGUCCUGUAUUCUGAGAAUGAGCCUCAAUCUGAAGGCAACCCUUGCUCACUGUACCAUUUUCAUGCUUUGUAGUUUAGGGGUGAUGUCCAAAAUUGCUUUAAAUCUGGUAAGCACAUCCAGACACUUCGAAGCAGCAAUGUUUGCCCUAAUGUGGGCAAUUUGUAUUCGGUUCAAGAUGGCUUAUAUAAGUGGUUCUUUUGUGCUUGUCCGCCCUUUACACCAAGCUCUAACGACUAUUUCAGAUUAUGUGUGCCUGAAUAUCCGGCUGAUCUAGUGUUUAUUAGUGUUUGACAAUGGACAUUUUGGCCAAACGGGAAACCACUCUAAUGACAAAAAUGUGUUGCUGGCAGUA